UUCACCCCAAGACCGAAAAAACCCCAAGAAAAGCCAAGACUCAGGACCAAGGGUCUCGGACGUCUUUAAUAUGUAGUACCAAAUAAACCUUAAUUGUUUAGAUGAUAAGAAGUUUUUAAAAUAUUGUGAUAUUAUUAAUUUGUACGACGCUCCAACUUUUGAGAAGGGUUGUAAAAUUUAUGUUCGUAUCAACAAAGAUCGUCUUUUAACUAGCGAAUUAUGGACUGAAGUUGAAAAUAAAUAUCCAAAAUUAGCUUUUCGAUUUUUGAAAUCUGUCAUUUUUGAUAAUAAAAAGUAAUUGUUAACGUGUCGUUAACAAGUAAAAUUUUCAAUGUUAAUUCUUUUUUAAAUUUGUAUGGUGAAACGGGCAAAAAACUUAUUUCUGCAUCUUGAGAAAUUUUUAUGAAUAUUUAUUGAAAUACAAUUAUUUUAUAAAACCGGCAGAUUUAAUAGGUUUUAUGUUAUCUAUUUUUUCAAAAUUUCAUGUAUUUUUAAAUUUUUCGUUUAUAUUUUUUGGACAUUUAGUAAAUACAUACAUACGUCAUAUAGGUAUACGUCACAGGCUAACAAACACAUGCCACAAAAUUGAUUUUUCCCUAUGCUUUUUUCAUGUGUGUUUACUUGCCAUAUGUAAUAGUAGCUUCUAUUUAGUCCAUUUUAUGUUUCCUUUAGGAGAAAUUUUAUCGACAAAAUUUUUUAGCAACAUUCUGACCCUAUUAUUAUUUAUAAAAAAACAAAAAAAACUAAUUACAAAUAGGGUAAUAGUAAAUCCAAAAUCGGUUUCUUAAUUUAGUAAAUCAACAAGUUUUUCUAGUUCUAUAUUUCCAUUUCCAGAUUUUCACAAAAAUUUUUUUUGUCAUUUUCCAGAGGGUCCUAGUUAAAAAAGUUCGCGUUCUACACAGUUCGAAUACCACAAUACUACCAAAAAUUCUGGACGAUGUUUUCUUAAUUUCUAGUUGUCCCCUUAAUUCCUCGAUAACCCCGCCUUGAUCCAUUGAUAUUUAUUACUAUUAUUAGUUUCCGGUACAGGAAAAAUCAUUUACUUUACACUAAAAAACUUUUUUUUGUUUAAAUUAAUUUAGAAUUUUUAUGAACUUAAAUUAUUACUUAAAUAAAUACUUAAAUAACAAAUUAAAUAUGUUUCAAAUAAUUUUAUUAAUUUUGGAGUUUAUAGCUUUAAUUAUUAAUACAAUUACUUGCAAAACUGAGUGGAAAUUAGAUGGUUUUAGAGAUGUUCUCAGUAUUUACAGCUACAGAGGGCCUGUAAUUUUAACAAGUAACAAAUUUAAUUGUCGAGAACUUCCUAAUGUUUUUUGGGAAUUAUACUUUGAGAUUGGAAAGAAGGAUUGGCGAAAUCCCAAUCCCAAUCUUACUAUCUGGCUUCGUCAAACAGGCCCAAACGGUGUUGGGGGGCUUGUAAAUACUCAAUAUAAAAUUUACUCAGUGAAGGAUGAAAAUGAGAGAAUAUAUAUUUCCAAAUCUUCAAAUAAACCUGAAAAUCAGGAUAUGUUGGGAUAUACUUUAAUUAACAACUUAAACCAUUUAUGCCAUUCUGAUGGCUCUUUAUACCUUCAUUGUGAAGUUAAAUUUGACACUUUUACUUCAGAAGACAGUUUUGAUAUUAAUUACAGCAAUUUUUUUGAAGACGAAAUACUUACAGAUUUUUUAAUUAAAGUAGACAAAAAUGUUAUGAAAGUACAUCGUUUUAUUUUAGCAAAAAACAGUAAAGUAUUUUAUGCAAUGUUUCAGGAGAAGGAGAAGAAUAUGACUGAAGAAAUUGUAAUUUAUUUAUUGUAAUUUGAGGGAAAUUGUAAAUGAGUGGAGUUGUCGGUUCCUGGAAAUUCUUCGGAUAUC